CACGACGGGGGAUUGUGGCUCCAGCAGGGUCAGCAGCGGGGUGGCACAGCCCGGUGCCCCCUGCCGGGCUGCAGGAGCACCGGAGGAACCAGCCCGAGCCCGGGGAACCUGCGCUCCCAGGGCGGGGAGGGAGCCAGGGCUGUGCCGCUGCUAAGAGACGGGGUAAACACAGCCGGGGCUGGAGUGGGGAUGACUCAGGCAUCGAUCCGCUUGAGCUGCUCAGAGUUAUCUCAGAAUUGUCCUCCUGUAACAGCUCCUUGUACAAGAAACCCCGGACCAUGGGCGGGCAGCCGUGGUUGUGCCGUGCCACAGAGCAGCCGUCUGGAAAGGUGUUCCUGCUGCACUGAGCCUGCUCCCCACCAGCCCCAGUGAGCCCUUCUCUUCUGCUGCUGCUCCUGGACUCAGCCACCACAGGAGCUGAUUCCCAAGUGACGCCCUGGUUUGGGACUUUGAGGAGAUGAUCAAGUAAAGCUUUGGACCAGUGGGCCAGGACUGGUGCCCAGCCUCGCUGCAGGGAGGAGACCAGGGACAGGAGGACGUGCCAGGCUCCAGCACAGACAGGGCUCAGCAGGAGCUCCAGGCCGGGAUAACUGAGAGCAGCUCCUGUGGCACAGGACAUGGACCCCUGCACAGGACAAGAGCCCAUCAAGGUGAUUGGGGUUGUCUUGGGCAUCGGGCUGGCCCUGCUGAUCCUGGCCAGUUUUGGCUACACCUUCAUCCGCUGGUACCGGCAGGGCCACCGCCAGCGCCGGCCUGACUUUGUCUUCAACCUCUACCACUCGCGCGGGUUGGGGUCGGUGGCACUGGAGCUGGUGCCACCCUUCAGCAUCAGCGGCUCGCUGGGCACCUCGGGCAGUGGCUACGAGCCCUUCCACAACCAGAGGCUGUGAGGUGAGAGCUGGGCUGCUGAGCAGGCUUUGGUUUGUUUCCUUUCCUGCUGUCCCUGGCAUGGGAUGUGUGGCCAGGCACAGAGGGAUGGGGCUGGAGCCCAGGUGCUCCUGCAGAGCUUCCUCUCACUGCCUCUUACUCACAGCCCAGCACCAACAGAAAGAGCAACCAAAACUGCCCAGGGGAAUUCCUCCAUUUUCACUUCUGUAAAAAACAGCUCCUGACUUUGUUGGAUUUCAACUGAAAUGGCAGUGGUGCAGUUUCUGUUGAUAAAAAACUUCCCAAGAUCACAGAAUCCUUGGGGCUGGAAGGGACCUCUGGAGACCACCGGGUCCAACCCCCUGUGCCAAGGUCACCUGGAGCAGGUGACACGGGAACACACCCAGGUGGGUUUGGAACUUCUCCAGAGAAGGAAACUCCACGAAUUCCCUGGGCAUCUCUUCCACCUGCAGUUCUCUCCCAGGGCCUCUGCAGCCACAGGAGGUGCCUGGGCCAGCGCUGGUGCUUGGGAAGGAGGAAAGGAUGCAGCUUUAUCCAGGAUUCCUCAACAUGCUGGAGAAAAGAGCCACGUUCCCCAUGGCUCAGAGACCUCCCAGGCUCCUGCACACCCAGGGACCUGGCACCAGGCUGUCCCUAGAGAACCAGCUGAGGAGGAGCCCCAGAACUGGGUGAUGGCAUUGGUGCAACUGCAGAAAACACCGUGAGGAAAUGGGAAAUCUGUCUCCGACCUCCUCCUCCUCCUCCAUCCAGUACCUGCACCAAGAUGGAAGCUGGUUCUUCACACUCCCAGUGCAAGGAAACACCUCAGAAAGCCCCUGUGGAAGUUCCUCCUGGAUUUUUUGUGCCAUUUGCUUUCGGUGUCAGCAGAACAAGCGGCUGUGGAAAUGCCUGGAGCACAGGAACAGCCCUGGGGAGAUUCUGUGGCCACAGAGAGGGGCCUUGGGACCAUUUCUUUGCAAGGUUCUCUCAGAAGAAAAACAAAGAAAAACUCAUGAGAGCCAUGUGGGUGUGUGUAGGGAAACCAGUGAGGACAGAGUGGGAUUUCCAGGGAGUCAGAGGGACCGGCUGUGCUCUCAGCUAUUGAAACUAAACCCUGUGGUCUGCGGCUUUCUCCUGGCUGAAAGGAGACCUCUGACAGCUCAGGGGAGGGGGAAAUGCCACCUCCUGGGGGCUGGGAGCUCUCCGUGGUGAGCAGGACCCAGCAGAGCCCUGCAUGACGCAGGAUCCGGCCGUGGGGCCCGACGUCAGCAGCGUUCAGAAGAAAAACAAAAAAAAGCCACGCUUUUGAUGAGUGUGUUUUCCAGAGGAAGCUGAAAAAAAAAAUAAAAAGAAAGCAAAAAGCUCUAACGCCCAAACUACACAGAGGCAGAAGAGAUGGGGCCAGUGGAGGGGCAGGAGGAGGCUCCCAGUGCCCUCCACAUCCCUGUGGGAUGCAGGGGUGGAUCUCACGUGUGAGCGGUGCCCUGUGAGAUGUAAGAGAAGGAAACACAGCAAGGAUCAGCCCCCUCCUCCUGCCUGCACUGCAAAAGCUGAAAAGAAACCCAAAAACCCUUCACCUGAAAACCACAUUCCCCAAGGAGGGUUUCCACCAGCAGUUUUACCUCCCACCCUGAAGGUUCCUGGAAAUGGAGUGACUCUUGGAAAAACUUCCCUGAGACCUGGAGGGUGGCCCAGGGGGAGCUGCUGGGGCUCAUCCUGUUUCCAUUCUGAUGAGUGUUCACAGCAUCACAGAAUCAAUUUGUUUGGAAAAGAUCUCUGAGGUCAUGGAGCCCAACCUAUGACCAAGCAGCACGUUGCUGAGCAGAGCCCUGACUCUUGUCUUUCCUCCACCCCUGGGUUUGAUUGUCCUCCUGUCCUUCCCUGGGGGUGUCCCAUGGGGUGUCCAUCCCUGUGGGAUCACUCUGAGCAGCCCAGCUCCUCUUCCCUGCUGCUCCUCAGGUGAUUGCUCCCACAAAUUCCCCAGGAGCCGAGGUGUGUGAGGAGCUCCUGGAGAGCUGGCUUGGUUCUCCUUUGUCCCAGCUGUGAUGUGGAAAUGCUCCUCCCCACGUGAGGCAAAGGCACAUUGCCUCUUGCUGAUGGGGAAUGUCCAGAUCUGGGAACAGAAAGCUCAGCUUGGCCUUAGGAGAGGACAAACAGACAAAUGGACCAAAUAAAUAACACAUCCUUUCUGUAUUUACAAAUGAAAUGCAAUAAAUAACGUCUGUAUCUGA